GCAUGGUUGCGCCUUCCAACACAAAUUGACUCCAAAAUACGAAAUGAAUUUGUCAAUCAAGUUCUUGAAACAAUUGAGUUGGAUGAAAUAAGGGAUGCUUUAGUUGGAAUACCAGGGACAAAUGGACUAUCUACGGAGCAACGGAAGCGGCUCACAAUUGCUGUUGAGCUUGUAUCGAACCCUUCAAUCAUAUUCAUGGAUGAGCCAACAUCAGGCUUGGAUGCAAGGGCAGCUGCUAUUGUCAUGCGUGCAGUGAAGAACGUCGCAGACACAGGUCGAACCGUUGUGUGCACUAUUCACCAACCAAGUAUCGAAAUAUUUGAGGCAUUUGAUGAGCUAAUGCUGAUGAAAAGGGGUGGAGAGUUGAUCUAUGCUGGGCCGCUUGGACACCAUUCAUGUAAGGUCAUCCAAUAUUUCCAGGCAAUAUCUGGGGUACCAAAGAUCAAGGACAACUACAAUCCUUCAACAUGGAUGCUAGAAGUUACCUCAACAUCUAUGGAAACUCAACUGGGAGUUGAUUUUGCACAAGUUUAUAGGAACUCGUCGAUGUACAAGGAUAAGGAUGAACUCAUAAGACGCUUGAGUAUACCACCUUUGGGUACAAGCAAUCUCAAUUUCCCAACACGGUAUCCACAAAAGUUUUGGGAGCAGUUCAAAGCUUGCCUUUGGAAGCAAAAUUUAUCAUAUUGGAGAACCCCUUCAUACAACUUGGUGCGAAUUAUUUUCAUAACAGUCUCCUGCAUUGCCUUUGGGGUAUUAUUUUGGCAGCAAGGCAAUAUAGAUAGCAUAAAUGACCAACAAGGUCUGUUCACCAUAUUGGGAUGCAUGUACGGCACCACUCUGUUUGCUGGCAUCAACAACUGCCAAUCUGUGAUGCCAUUUAUCUCGAUUGAGCGCUCUGUCGUGUACAGAGAAAGGUUUGCAGGAAUGUACUCUCCUUGGGCUUACUCAUUUGCACAGGUCGCCAUGGAGAUUCCUUAUGUGUUUGUGCAAAUAUUGUUGUUCAUGUUCAUAGCUUACCCAAUGAUAGGGUAUGCAUGGGAACCAACAAAGUUCUUUUGGUUCUUUUAUACUAUGUUCUGUACACUACUCUACUUCCUCUACCUUGGAAUGAUGAUGGUGUCAAUCACCCCAAAUAUCCAAGUGGCGUCCAUAUUGGCAUCUAUGUUCUACACCAUACAAAACCUCAUGUCUGGCUUCAUUGUGCCUGCACCACAAAUACCAAAAUGGUGGCUAUGGCUGUACUACACAUCCCCCAUGUCAUGGACACUCAAUUUAUUCUUCACUACCCAGUUUGGUUAUGAGGAUGAUAAGAAAAUUGAGGUAUUUGGAGAGACCACUUCAAUCGCAGCAUUUGUGAGAGACUACUUUGGUUUUCGCCAUGACUUGUUACCACUGGCAGCUAUAGUUUUGUCGGCCUUCCCCAUCGUCUUUGCCACUCUUUUCGGUUACAGCAUUUCAAAGCUCAACUUCCAAAGGAGAUAAAUCAAUAAUUAGUCAAAAGAAAAAUUUGUUGCAUAGUGUAGCAUAAAUUUUUCAUCCUACAGAUGUAUUUAUAGAAAAAUAAUUUCAUGUUUGCUCGCCAAUUAAGUCAGUGUCUUGUGUAUAUAGAUAUGUACUAUGCUAUUACAAAUACUACUUGGAAUCAUUAAUUGUGAAACGAUGCAAGGCCAUGAGUACAAACAUAUUAUCUUCAGAGGCAUACCUAAGAUGCAAAUAGAUUGUUCGUUUCAAGUGCUUGAAAUAAAAAUUAUUUUUAUCUUU